GGUUACAGCUGGUAGGUGCUAGAGAUGAAGUCCUACCUAUACUGCCAUUACUCCAACUUUGUGGUUUGGCUGCUUUCUUUUCUGUGUUUUAUUCCGAACUUCAGUGGUAUCUUAGAAGGCAAAACGUCCCCAACUUCAUCGCCCCGUGUCAAACCCAGCUACAGUUUUGGUCGGGCUUUUCUGGGACUUGAUAAAUGCAAUGCCUGCAUUGGAACAUCAAUUUGCAAGAAAUUCUUUAAAGAAGAAAUAAGAUUUGACAGCUGGCUUUCUUCUCAUUUAAAACUGCCUCUGAACUACCUCACCUGCUACUCUGGGAACUACACUGAUGACACUAAAAGUUGGCGGCCGGUUGAAAUAUCUAGAUUAAUGACAAAAUACCAGCACGACCAAUCUGACAAGAGAAUUUGUACUUCCCUUACCUUUGCUAAAAGCUGCAGCAUUGAGCGAGCUUUAUGGAAGACUGAGAGGUUCCAGAAAUGGUUGAAAGCAAAACGUCUCACUCCAGUCCUAGUUCAGGGCCUUCCUUCACCAUUGCUUCGCUGCCCAUCACAGAGGCUGCUGGACCGGAUUGUGCGACGAUAUGCUGAAGUGCCAGAUGCUGGUAGCAUUUUCAUGGACCAUUUCUCAGAUCGGGAUAAAUUGCGCCUCCUGUACACACUGUCAGUUAAUGCACAUCCCAUUAUCUUACAGAUCUUCCCUGAAGCAGAAGGGUGGCCAUUUCCAAAAUACUUGGGGUCUUGUGGCCGGCUAAUAGUCAGUACCAGCACCAGACCUUUGAAGGAAUGUUAUAGUGUAUCUCCUGAUAUGGCAGCAGACCUAGCUCUCCAGCUUCUUGCUAUCAUUAGUUCCAUGAUGAAUAAUGAUCUGAACUACUUCUUCUACUUCACCUAUGUUGAUGCUAACACAUUUGGAGUUUUCAACAAUGGGUAUCUGUUCGUCCGGGAUGCCAGUAGACUAGGAAUUAUUGACAUGCAAGAAGGAACCUCGUUGAUGGAAGACCAGCAGGAACAUUAUGACAUAUUCAGCUGCUUAGCUGUGGACUGUCAGUCUGUGUUUCCCUCCUGUAAUUCCAUUAAGCACACUCAGAGCCUCAUCAUGGUGUGUGAGAAAAUUCUGCCUGAACUCUUAAAGGAAAAAUUCUUGCCUUAUGUUCAAGAGGAGAUUGACAGUGCUUUGGCCAUUUGUGCGGACAGUUUCUUAGCUCAACAAAAAGUCAUCUCUGCAGCUCAGAAGCUGGCAGAGAUUUUGAAGCCUCUGCGGCCUUGCCACUCUCAUUUUGCCUACCGCUAUCCUGAUUGCAAAUAUGAUGCCAAAUGGUAA